GCCGCGGGCAGGUAACAGGUGAGCUGCAGGACUCACAGACUGGUGGUUUGGGGACCAAUCAUCUCGCUCGGGAUGAUGACUGACUCAAGUGACAGCCAAUGAGCGUCCAGCUGAGCCCUCAGCGGCUCUAUAAGAAGCCCUUCCUCCGCUGGUCUGUCUGUCCGGUUCUCUCACCGCCGACAGGAGCCAUGAGAACCGGCAGCCCGGUGCUGUCUGCGGGCAGGAGCAGGAGGAGCCGCCGGAGCCUCCGCUGCCCUCUGCGGGGCUUCUCCCGGAGCUUCUUCCCGUACAAGAAUCCGGCGGCGGCGGAAGACUCCCCGCAGGUCCCGGUGCUCCUGCUGCAGGACAUGAGCCUGUGCUACCGGCUGCUGAGGCAGCUGGUGCCGGGUCUGCCGCCCGGACGGGCCGCCAGCAGGAUGGAGAUCCUGCAGCGCGUCAUCGACUACAUCCUGGACCUGCAGACCGAGCUGGACGCGUCCUGUCCGGCCGGUGAGCCUCCAGAGAGCGCCGGUCCCAACAAACACACCUGCCAGUCCAUCGAGUCCACAGAAACAGACUCUGAGGUCGAGGAGGGCCGGACACUGCAGCACUGAGGGUAAGGUGUUUGAAACAGGACGACUGAACAUGGACAGACUUCGUCCUCGGGAGCCUUUUUCUUGACUUUAGCACCUCGGAGGACUCAGCAGAGCGUCCUGCAGUCAGCAGGUCGUUCUGGGCUCUUCCUCUUCACUUCUGGUGACUUUGACAAGACAAAGUGGUGGAAGCUUCUUCAUUGUGGGACAAGAAAUCUGAAUGUGUGACACAAUAAAACAGGACCUUGUUGUUAUUGAUGACUUUUAUUCUUAUUUUGAAAAUCCUGCAGGGUGUUUCAUGCCUUCCACACUUAUUUUGGAUUCAGGACCCAGGAUGAUGCAGCCAGAUGUUACAGGACUCUUAUUCUGAAAACAAAGCACUUCCUUUAUAUUCCAGAACCUUUAUUGUGAAAGGAGGAAGUCUGUGUUUCCUGUUCUGAAUUCACUUUAAAAGUUUCUGUUCAACAGUUUCAAAAUCUGAUGUUUUGUUUUUGCUCAUCCUCCAAAAACACUCAAAUAUUAUGAGAACUGUAAACUUAAUCAAG